AUGAUAAUCCACUGCAGCAUUACACGACCAGUAGAUGCUACUGCCAAAAUAAGCACCUCCAUUGAGGCAGACAACCACGCAGGAGGGCAAUGCAGAUUUUUGUCAGUUUUCAAUGAUGCCAUACCAAAAUUCAUGAAGAAUAGAGGGAAACAAAUACCUAAGAGUGGUUCUGGGUCUGCAUCCCGUACCACUGCACUCCUCUAUGCAAUCAUACGAGGUGAUGGGUUGGAUCUGGAGCAAGCAACAAGUUCAAUAUGUCAAUCUAAAUUGCAGGAGAACAAUCAGAGAUCACAAAGAGACGGUACAAAAUGCAAAAUACUCGAUCAGUUUCAUUGUGUGAGUUUCAACACUCUUUUCCCAGAGUAUGCACCAUUUAGCAAAACCAUGACAGCUCAAAGACUUCAGACAAACACAUAA